GCCUGAACGCAUUGAGCGCUGGGCCUAGCACUGCAGCUACGCAACCAUGCCAAAUAUGACUUAUGUGCGGUGUUUGUGAGUUCGUGAAAAUGUUAUAAUUAAUUUGAAAAUGACGAAAUUAUUUCGUCAAUUAGGAAAACUAUCCUUUUACUUCAAAUUAGCUUGAUUAUAGUCAUCUAUAAAUUAUGGCUUUUUGUUAGAAAAGUAUAUUUUUUAAUCUUAUUAGGUUAAACGAAUAGGUUAACUUCUACAAAAAAUUUUUAGCACAAUAUAUUGCUAAAAAGUAUUAGAAAUCUAUUUGAUUGUUAUUGUUAAAGAAAUUUUAAGUAAAGCUGUAAAGCAUGUCUUUGAUAUUAAAAAAGCUUUGUAAAUGUAUAUUACACGAACAUUUUGGACCUAUUGUUGAAACAGUUGGAGAUGAUCUUUUUAAAUAUGGACCAAGAACUUUAGCUCAAAUAAAAGCAACAACAAAUCUAUCAGUUGAUAAGGUAAAGGAAUCACUAUGCGUUCUUAUUAAAUUUGGACUUGUUAUGUUUGAAAAAAUAGAAAAAGGAUCAAUUAUAUAUACCUUGGAUGCAGAAAAAGUUCUUGUGAUGCUAAGAUACCCCAAAUUUAUGUGGUUUGUUAAAACCAACUGUGGAGAUGAAGCAGAAAUGAUGCUAGAAGAGGUUCUUAAAAAUGGAUAUGAGACUGCUUCAAAGAUCAUUGUUAAAACUUAUCAGAGGCUAGAGCAAUUUCCUCCUGAGAGAAGAUCUACAGUUCCUGUUUUAAAAGAAAAAUUUGAAGAACUAGUUAAAAAUCAAUUUCUUAUGCGCAGCAUUUGUUCUAAUAUAUUGAGUGACAUUUCAUCUGAUAAGCCAGACUUUAGUAUACCGGCACUCAAUAUCAAAGCUCUCACAAGACUUACACAAGGUCAUGAAGCAGAUGCUGGAGAUAAGAGUAUCUAUUGGAAAGUAAAUAUUGAUAGAUUUACACAGGAUUUGAGAGAUCAAAUUCUUGUCAAUGCAAUUACAAAACGGACUGAUGAUAAUACUGGACAACUCAUGAGGCAACUAUUAUAUCUUAUGUAUCUACGAACUGCAUCAUGGACUGAUACAUCAAUUCCAAUUUCAGUAACUGAGAUGAAAGAAGCAAUGAAAAAAAACUAUCCUUUGAUGAUACCACAUCUUGAUCAAUAUUUAAUGAUUAUUGAAGAGGAUUCUAGCCAAUUUAUUCAGCGGGUAGGAGAUUCUGGAGGUGGGCAGUAUAGCGUCAACAUGAAGGAAGCAUUUCAUCAAUUAGCUUGGGCUGUCUUGGACAAUGUAGUGAUGGAAAGAUUUGGUUCUAAAGCUGCUAGAAUAUUCAGGUUGGUAAGAUCUCACAAAUAUAUAGAGCAAGAAAAAAUUCAGCAAAUAGCUAUGAUUCCAGCCAAGGAAACAAAACAUUUAACUUAUACUCUGUUGGAAGAACAAUAUUUACAAAUUCAAGAAUUGAAAAAAUCUGGUGUCUCUGCAGGUGGAGCACCAGCAAAGAUCUUUUUUCUUUUCCAUAUAGAUUUAAAUCAAGUUGUGAGAAUGACUAUUGAACAUUGUCAUCAUGCUCUCUAUAACAUUAUUCAAAAGAGGAUACAUGAAACAUCAAGCAAUAAAAGAUUGAUUGAUAAAAAUUUGCGAAUGCAAACUAUGAUUAGUAAUUUUAGAGAACAAGGAGUUGGUGAGCAGCAAUUGAAAGAAAUUGAAGAAAUGAUGACUCCUUCGGAAAAACAGCACUUGGAACAAGUUCAAGAAGUGAUAAAAAAAUUAGGCAGUAACGAAUUUUGUAUAGACGAGACUUUGUUUUUGUUACAAAUGUAUAUACGUUAUCAUCGGUGAUCCCAUUUUAGAGAUCAUCUGAAUGAAAUAUUUCAUAAAACUAUUAAUAAGUAAUUUUUUAUGAAUAAAUCGAAUUAUUUUAUAAUGAAGAAAAGACUAACACAAAUC